UCACCACCUCCGUUUUCAUUACCUCAAAUUUCCUCACCUUCUUUCCAUCUACUCAAAAACCUUCCUAAUUUCCAAAACUCCAAUUAAAAACAAAAAUAUGAGAACUGUAAUUGCCUUCUCUACUGCAAUUCCGGCAACGAAAUCCCCACUGGAAUCAUCACUGCCGCCAACUCCUACAACCAUGGGGCAGCAGCAGCGCUCGCCGUGGCAUUCUCCGGUGCCCUACCUCUUCGGAGGCCUGGCGGCGAUGUUGUGUCUGAUUGCUUUUGCUCUGUUGAUCCUGGCAUGCUCUUACUGGAAGCUUUCGAGUCGGCUGGAGGACAGAGAAGGCGGCGAGGGUGACUUGGAGAGCGGCGACGACGAGAAAGGCGACAGGUCGAAUAAACCAGUGAAGGUGUUCGAGGAGAAGAUUUUGGUUAUCAUGGCGGGGAAUGAGAACCCCACUUUCUUAGCCACGCCGGUUUCGGUUUGCUCGAAAGCUGCUUCUUUCGGCGGCGGCGAUGAGAAAGUGGUGGACGGUCAGGGCAUGAGUAAAGACGGAGAGAACGAGGAGAUUUCUGAAAAAGUGAAAGAAGAAAUGGGGUCCCAUGAUCACGAAGAACCCGAAAAUAUUCGAAACCAAGACGAUGAAUCGGAGACUCAGCCGAGGAGAUUACAAGAAGAAGUCCAACAUGAAAACCAGUGAGCUCGACUCAGCUUGCUCUGUUUCAGUUUUGGCAUGUUUACGAGAGAGAGAGAGAAAGAGUGCUUUGUUCUUUCUUUUUUCGGUCUCCUAUGUUGUCGUUUUUUCUUUUUUCUGGUGGGGUUUUUGGGGAAUUUUUAUGUUUUUGAUCCGAAAAUGUAAAUUGUUGAUGAGAUUUAUUAGUUUUGAUGAGAUUUAACAUUAAAAUAUAAUUAACUAGUUGAUGUUAGAGGUUUU